AUGCGUGCCAAUACCACAACAUCAUUUCUAUCCUUGUCCGUACUGAUACUCCUCGGCCGGCAGCAUGUCUCCGCCAAGCCUCUUUCCUUCGUCCCCCGGCAAUCCGAGAGCAAUGGCACCUAUGUCACUGGGCCGGUGAUGCAGCAGAACUUUCCGGAUCCCUCCAUUAUCUACGCAGACAACCAGUGGUGGGCAUUUGCGACCAUGGACGGCAGCAUCAACAUUCAGGUCGCACAGUCGUCCGACUUUGAGAAUUGGACGUACCUUGACGGCGUGGACGCGUUGCCCGACCCACCGAGCUGGGUCGACAUGGCGACGGUGAACACGUGGGCACCGGACGUCGUCGAGCUCGACGACGGCACCUUUGUCAUGUACUUUAGCGCGACCACCAUGAAUGAUACGACCAAACACUGCGUCGGCGCCGCGCUUUCCGACACGGUCGAGGGACCGUACACGCCGAUAAACAGCACCCUGGCAUGCCCGCUAGACCAAGGCGGCGCCAUCGAUGCCGCCGGCUUCAAGGACUGGGAGACGAGAGGUACCGGAUGGGGACCUAACGGCCAGCUCUCGAAUGCUACGGGCGACGACAACAGCUACUUGAAUCCGGAAUGGUCGAAUGGUGGUUACGGGGGUCAGCGAUACAUAGUUUAUAAAGUGGACGGCAACACCAUGGGCAACGGCGGCGUUUGCGGCAAUACCGUCGAACCGAUCGCCGCCACACCCAUCAUGCUCCUCGCAGUCGCCGCCGACGGCGUCACGCCGCAAGGCUCGCCGAUCCAGCUCCUCGACAACGCCGGCGUCUCGGACGACGGCAUCGUCGAGGCGCCGUCGCUCGUCAAGACGUGGGACGGCGAGUACGUCCUCUUCUUCAGCAGCGGCUGCUACAGCACCGAGAACUACACCGUCUCCUUCGCCACCUCGUCCGGCGGCGUCACCGGCCCUUACGACCGCGCCGCCGCGCCCCUGCUGCAGACGGGCGACGACAACGGCGCGCUGGUGAGCCCCGGCGGCAUGGACCUGCAUUGGGACGCCAACCACAUGGUCUUCCACGAGACCGAGACCGCGUCGCCGCUGGCGAGGGAGAUGUGGGCCGCCCAGGUGUUGGUGGGGAAUGGGACGGUGAGCGUGUAG